UCAGGAUGGAGUUUGACGACUUCAAGAGGAACUAUGACAAGGUGGAGAUCUGCAACAUGACCCCAGACUCUCUGACCGAUGACACGAAGCGCCACUGGGAGGUCAGUUUGUUCGAGGGAAACUGGAUUCGUGGCUCCACCGCUGGAGGCUGCAGGAACUUCAUCGACACAUUCUGGACCAACCCACAGUUCAAGCUGCAGCUGGAAGACGCCGAUGACGACGACGAUGUGUGCAGUGUGGUCAUCGCUUUGAUGCAGAAGAACAGAAGAAAGCUGAGAAAAGAAGGCCAGGACAUGGAGACCAUCGGCUUUGCAGUGUAUGAGGCUCCAGAGGAUGAGGACCAAGCAGGGAAGGAUUUCUUCCGCUACCACGCGUCUAAGGCUCGCAGCAGGACCUACAUCAACCUGCGGGAGGUGGCAGAGCGCUUCACGCUGCCUCCUGGGAAGUACCUGCUGGUCCCCACCACCUUCCAGCCCCACCACGAGGCCGACUUCCUCGUCCGCAUCUUCUCUGAGAAGAAGGCCACGGCGCUAGAGAUGGGCAGCAACGUUGACGCUGACCUGCCAGAUCCGCCCACGCCCAGCCCUCCAGAGGAGGAGACAGACGAGGAGAAAGGCCUGAGGAGACUGUUUGAUCAGCUGGCUGGUGAU